CGGGUGGGGAUCUGACUGUGUCUUUGACCGAGGGUCUCGCAACACUUGAAGGCAUUCACUUGCAGCUCACUCCUGCAAACCUGGUGUGUCCAAACGUGCAGAUCUCUGGGAUUGACCCCAGCAACAUCAACAACAUCACAUUGCAGAUCGACCCUAGUAUUCUGCAGCACGGCAGUUUGCUGUCUCACUCUCUGACGACUGACUCAGGUCUGACGCCGCACGCAACAGCUCACCUCAUGACUGCUGGAGAUGCUUCGGUUCCUGCUAAUGUAGUCAUUCACCCUCUGAGUGGCCUCUCGCUGCAAUCUCAAUCCGCCCCAGCCAGCGUCACAAUCAGCAACCUGACAAACGAGCAGGAUAAUGCCAGUUCUCAGCAGCUGUCACAAGUGUCUAAUGCUGCAGGUCUUGUAAGCGGUGGCAACGGUGCUUCAGAAAUCACACUGACUAUUAAUAAUUCCAGUCUGACACAAGCUUUAGUACAGACCAGUGCUGUUGCGUCUACACCUGUCUCCAGUACAUCAGAGAUCACACUCACUAUAGCAGGUACUCACACACACCCUUGCAAACUAUACAGACACACUGCUGCACUUUCUGUUGAUUAUACUGCUCAGGUUAAACACCCCAAUAAACAAACCCCAAAG